AAGCCUUGCAUUCACCGUACAAGGAUACCCUCGGCGGAGCAAUGUGGGUCUGCUGAGUCGGCGUCACUGUCACGAACUCCUCCGUCCUCAGCACGCAAAGAUAGUAACAACGGCCAAACUCAACCUUACCCACCUCUUCAAAGCUAAACUGCCGACCUGAAUGCAUCCUCGUUUCUCUUCUCUCUGCCGUGCCCUCUACCCAUUUUCGUCCUCUUCCACAUUGACCCUCAUGGUGCGUGUCACCCCACGCACCACCCCUUUCCGGCUGAAGGCGCUCUCGGACGCCACCUACCACUUCUCCCAUCGUUCCCAUUUGGCUUUUGUAGCUUCUUAUUCUUGUCCUUCUUCGUCGCCUGUGAACUCAGCAUUGUUUGGCGGGAGAUUUCACGGUGUUCGGGCCCGCGAAGAUUGGGGCUUCUCGAGACGGAUUGGUCCUGUCUUUGCGGCGGAGAGAGGGUAUCGGAGGGUGAGGCGGCGACCAGCCAAGAAGAAGGAGAAGGAAUUGGAGCUCAAUGUUAAUAUUUGUAUUGAAGAACAGCUGCCUGAUGAUCCCGAAAUAUUGAAUAUCGCAGAAAUGCUCCGUCUUAAUGUACCAAUGGCAAUGAAGUUAGCAUUUGACAGUAUAAAAGAUUCAAAGUACAAAACAAGAGAUACAACUAUCAAUGAUAUUGGUGGGUUUGAAAAUGUUGAGUUGUCUUUACUUCUUUGCAAUGAUGAGUUUAUUCGCAAGCUUAACAUAGAUUGGAGGGAUGAGGAUCAUGCUACUGAUGUGCUUUCCAUGUCCCAACACAUCCCUGAACUCAAGCUUCCAAUUCUUAUGUUGGGUGACAUUGUAAUUUCUGUUGAGACAGCUGCUAGACAAGCACAGGAAAGGGGGCACACGCUUCUUGACGAGAUACGCAUCCUUAUGGUUCAUGGGUUGUUACAUUUACUAGGAUUUGAUCAUGAGAUUAGUAAUGAGACUGAAGCAGAAAUGGAGGAGGCAGAAGAACUUCUUUUGAAGAGUCUUGGAUGGAAAGGAAAAGGGUUGAUUCAGUAUGCAAAUGAUUCUGAAACUAAUGGAAAUCUGCAUACUGAAGAUCUGGGUGACAGGAAGAAAGAUGGCAGUCUUCGAUUUUAUAAACCGAAGUUCAAAUACAUCUUCUGUGAUAUGGAUGGGACUCUGCUGAACAGCAAAAGUCAAAUUACUUCCACAACUGCAAAAGCUUUGAUAGAGGCCAGGUCAAGGGGUAUUAAAGUUGUGAUUGCUACUGGAAAAUCUCGUCCAGGUGCAAUAAACACUUUGAAGAUGGUAGAUUUGGCUGGGAAAGAUGGCAUUGUUUCGGAGCUUUCUCCUGGGGUUUUCUUACAGGGAUUGCUUCUUUAUGGGAGACAAGGCCGGGAAAUUUUUAGGAGGAAUUUAGAUCAAAAUGUCUGCAGAAAGGCACUUUUAUAUUCCUGGGAGCAUAAAGUUCCUCUUAUUGCAUUCAGUGAGGAUCGUUGCUUAACUCUAUUUGAUCACCCUCUCAUUGACUCAGCACAUGCUAUAUAUCAUGAGCCGAAGGCAGAAAUCAUGCCUUCGAUUGAACACCUCUUGGCUGUUGCUGACAUACAGAAGCUGAUAUUCUUAGACACUUCUGAGGGUGUCUCUACUACUUUGCGGCCAUACUGGUCAGAAGCAACUGGAGAUCGUGCCAGAGUUGUCCAAGCUGUACCAGAUAUGCUCGAAGUUGUUCCAGUUGGAACUUCAAAAGGGAGUGGUGUAAGAGUGCUGCUUGAUCAUUUGGGUGUCACUGCAGAAGAGGUAAUGGCUAUUGGUGACGGGGAAAAUGAUAUUGAGAUGCUCGAGUUGGCCUCUUUAGGCGUUGCUCUCAGUAAUGGAUCAGACAAGGCAAAAGCUGUGGCUAAUGUAAUUGGUGCCAGCAAUGAUGAUGAUGGUGUAGCUGAUGCCAUCUACCGGUAUGCCUUCUGAGCUUCAAGUUUCUGCAUGGAAGCCUGGAAGGUUGAGACUGGGCUCUUGACACAGCUUGAUCUAUAUGUUGGGAGUGGGGAGGUGUCGGCUCCUAUGCAUUGUUUCUUGGUGAUGGCUCCUAUACAUUGUUUCUUUUAUUAUUGUUCGUCGUUCAAAAGGAAUAAUUUUAUGAGCCUAGGAAAAGGUCAGAAUAGAAGCUUGUAAUUUUUUCCCACAGAAUGAAUAAAAAUUUUCAUAAUUUAUUAUGGUUUAUAUGUGGCUA